AUGAACGUGCAAAACCAAUUCCACAUCCAUCCCGCCCGCUCCCUUCAAGACAUUGACACCGCAACCGCCUUGAUAACAUCCUACGCCACAUCCCUAGGCAUCGACCUCAGCUACCAAGAUUUCAACACCGAAAUCAGCCAGAUGCCGGGGAAUUACUCCCCCCAGAACGGCGGCGAGUUACUCCUCGCCCUCAAGGGAAUCCCCACCAACGCUCCCCACCCGGAUAACCGCAGUUGCGGCUGCGACUGCACCUACACCGACCCCGACGUCCUCGGGUGCAUCGCCCUUCGCGCCUUGUCCCCGCGCGUCUGCGAGGUUAAACGCCUGUAUACACGCCCGCAGGCCCGACGGUUGGGGAUCGGCAGGGCGCUUAUAGAUGCGGUGAUUGGCGUGGCGAGGGCGGAAGGGUAUGUGGAGAUGCGGUUGGAUACGUUGCCGAGUAUGCGUGGUGCGAUUGCGCUGUAUAAGAGUCGGGGGUUUGAGGAGAUUGAGGCGUAUUAUGACUCCAAAGUCCCAGAAAUGUAA